CGCGGUCCACAAGGAGAUGUGCACGUUGCUAAGUACGCUACUUCCUGCAAAUUGCAAAUGAAUGAAAGAGUGAGAUGUCUUAGUUUUUUUUUUGAGCUUGGAAUUUUGUGGCCGUGCCGUCUGCUGGUUGUUGAAUAAUGACGACAGGAAAUCAAAGAAAAUCAUAAAAAUGCCUCCCAAAAAACCAGCUGCAAAGGUUGCUGGGAAACCUGCCACCACAAGAGCGACUCCACCAAAAUCUACAACUGCGAAAAAACCAAGCACAGUAAAAGCUGGAGCUAAGGGUCCGGUUAAGUCCACAGGAAAAGCUGCUGCUCCCACUAAGGCAGGAAGUAAAGAUGCAAAGAAAGCAGGAAAUGUUGCUGCCCUGGCCAAACCAAAGCCUCCAUCUAAAGAGACACUGGCUGCUGUUGUUAUACAGAAGUGGGUUCGACGUUUCUUGGGUAAAUGUGCUUUGGUGAAACUGAGGAAAGAGAAGGUGGAGUAUGAGGACUUGAUGGAGAAGUUAGAACGAGAGGCUUUUGUUGCCAUGGUGAAAAGAGAACAAGAAAUCGCUGAACAGGAACGCUUAAAGGACAUGGAAGAGAGGCGCAGAAAGAAACUACGACAGCAGAGAGUUAAGCGUUUCUUAGAGGCAGCCUUUGAUGGAGAGAAUGAUGAACUUCUAGUCAUUCUUAAAGAGGUUGACAAAGAUGAUUCUGAGCAGGGCAUUGGUUCGGAUCCCAUGGGCCUCUCCAUCCGAGCCAAACAUCAACUAGACAUGGUGGAUUGUGCUGAUGCAAACGGUAACACACCUCUGUCUGAAGCGUCCAGUGGGGGCCAUGCGGACACUCUUAAGUUACUGAUUGACAGAGGUGCCGAUGUGAAUGUCCGUGGACAAUUUGAACGCACCCCACUCUACAGAGCUUCCUUCGCGGGGCACCUCUCAGCCGCUCAGAUCCUUCUCCAAAAUGGAGCGGAUCCUCGCCUCUAUGCCGCCGAUGGAGCCACCCCUGAACAGGUGGCCGCUAACGAGCCACUGACUGUCCUACUCCAGGAGUGGGACAUCUCAAUGACAGAGACCAUGCUAAGCAAGGUGGAGAUGCAGAAGGAGAAACGCAAGGAGGAGGAGAGGAAGAGAAGGGAGGUGGAGAUGUCCAAGUUGGAGAACCAAUUAGCGGAGGCCCAGAAGGACCAUGACACCAGACAACUCCAGCUCAACAAGGCUUACUGUGAGCUCAAUAAACGCAUCACUGAACAUGAUAAGUGCAUGGCUAAGAAUGUUAAGACAGAUAUAACGUUACAGGUGGUGAAAGAUGCAGAAAACGAUCUUGAGAUGGCGAAGCUGGAGGCAGAGAAAGCGAGGGAGCAGCUCGCUAAUGUGAAACUUAAGAUCAGAGAGCAACAGAAGACAGCAAAAGGGCUUGACGGAGAAGCAGAAGUCGGUGUAAGAGCGAACAUCAAAGAACUUCAUGACGUUUUGAUGAGGGACGUUGGAGACAAGAUUAAAAAUGAUGGCAGGUGGCCACUUCUUAUAGAUCCGUCCGGCCGGGCGUCGACCUUCUUACGUUAUCAAGACACAAAUUUCAUCAAUUCUCUGAACCCAAAUAACAUGGAGCCUGAAGUGAUCCGAAUGGCAGUGCUGGGUUCUAUCAGGUUUGGGAAGCCACUUGUUCUAGACAUGCUUGAGGUGGAUAUGUUUGAGACGUGCUCGGACAGGUUCGAUGAAGUCCACAAAGGAUUCAUGCAAGAUAUCAUGACCAAAGAAAUUAUCAAGAAUGAAAAAUAUGCGUACCUGAUUAAAGAUUCUGACGGACCGCAGUAUAGGAAAAACAGCUUCAUUGACUCUCGCACUGAGCAUUUCCUAUUUGUCAUUGUGACUAAAAUAGAACCAUCAGAUUACCUGCUAGAAAAUAUGUAUCCAAUCAGGGUUGUUGUUGGAUGAGAUCUCAAAAAUGUGAAACAUGCAACAGAGAAUUUGAUUGGCCGAUCACCUCAACCUGCUUUGUUGUGAGUAUGUGAAAUUGGUAAACACAAGGGAUAGUUUUAACUAUUUUAACUUUUAAUAAGUAGUAGACAUUCGAGUCCAUGUUUUAAAUCUCUCAUGUGGGAGUGUUGGCUCUGAAAAGAGCGGUGUGGUCUCAAAGUUUUGAACAGUUCACUCUGCUCAUCAUCAGGAGAAAGCUUCUUUUGAUCGCCUUUGGAGAUAUUUGCAUGUUUUGAGUCCAAGCCUGAUCGUCAUGUUGAUCAUGAUGGUCCAGGUGAGAGAUUCACAAAAAUCGGGGGAAAACAACUGGACUGAAAUAUUCGCUGUGAUUGUGUGACGUAUCACCUCGCAUUAUUUUGUUGUUUUUUAGAUGAACCAGCCAUUUCAUAUUUCAAAAGAAUCCUCAAGUCUUUUCAGACCUUUCAGGAAAUAAAAAGGACAAAAUUCACUACAUUUCCCCCUCACUACAUGUACCCAUCGUAACGCUUCUGGGAUUGUGCAUUCAGAAAACUUGCGGUUUCUCAGAUUGGGUUUUUAUGUUUUGUUCAGCCUUAAAAUGAAAACAGGUUACAUCAAACUUUCCCAUCAGCUUGUGUGUUCUUUAUUGCUUUUCUAAUAGAUCUCCGUUUGAUUUCCAGCUUGACAUGCCUAUAGUAGAUAAUAUUUGUAUAUAUGGAUAUGUUUUUGUACAUAAAACUUUUGUAUUCUUGAAAAUCCAUCCAAUAAAAGGAAGAUUUAAAAAUCUGACUGAAUGAGGACUUUCGGUGAUAUAUAUUUUUUUUUGAGAAUCUUUCAUCAAUCAAACAUAAUAAUGAUAAACACUAGAACGAUGCUACACACACACAUACAUGAAGAAACAAAAACAAACAGACAAAUAAUAGGCCUAUUCAUUUGAAACAGUUUAUUAACAACCCCGGAAAUAGAUAUCAUUAACCCUGAACCCACACGAGGCACUUUGGCUAAUUUUGGCAUUACUUUUACCAUUAUUGUAAAUCUCUGAUUAUUAGUAAACCACAAAAAAAAUGCAAUAUUCAACUGGAAUUUAUUUUUAUGACUUGCACAGAAGUUCAAAGGAUUUGUGUACCUUUUGAAACACAAAACACAAUGGCCACAGAUUUGCAUUAAACUUACAACAUUUGAAGAUAAUGAUAGUAGAA